AUGGAGCAGUAUGAAGUGUUGGAGCAAAUAGGGAAGGGUUCUUUUGGUUCAGCUCUUCUCAAAGAGCUUAUUUCUAGGAUACGAAAUCCAUUUAUUGUAGAGUACAAAGACUCCUGGGUAGAAAAGGGUUGCUACGUAUGCAUUAUUAUAGGUUACUGUGAAGGAGGAGACAUGGCAGAAGCUAUAAAGAAAGCUAAUGGUGUGCUAUUCUCAGAAGAGAAGCUCUGCAAGUGGCUUGUUCAGCUUCUCAUGGCACUUGACUACUUGCACAUGAACCACAUUCUUCAUCGUGAUGUCAAGUGCUCCAAUAUCUUCUUGACAAAAGAGCAAGAUAUUCGUCUUGGUGAUUUUGGACUCGCUAAAAUAUUAACUUCAGAUGACCUUGCUUCCUCUGUCGUGGGAACACCCAGCUAUAUGUGUCCUGAGCUUCUUGCUGACAUACCUUAUGGUGCUAAGUCAGAUAUUUGGUCCUUAGGUUGCUGUACAUACGAAAUGACCUCUCUUAGGCCUGCGUUUAAAGCAUUUGAUAUGCAAGCACUGAUUAACAAAAUAAACAAGUCAAUAGUUGCUCCACUUCCAACUAAAUAUUCUGGUGCCUUCCGAGGACUUGUUAAAAGCAUGCUGCGAAAGAAUCCAGAGCUUAGACCUGGUGCUGCAGAGCUGCUCAGGCAUCCGCAUCUUCAGCCUUUCGUCCUUAAGAUUCAUCUUAAGAUGAACAGUCCUAGACAGAAUGCCUUACCUUUCCAAUGGCCUGAACCCCAUUACAUGAAGAAAACAAGAUUUUUAGUGCCAGGAGGUAAUCCUCUCAAAACUCACAGGGAGAAGAGGUAUUCACUUGGUAAUGAUAGGGCAUUGAAUCCAAGUAUAUCUGUAGCAGAGCAAGAUUCUGUGUGUUCCACUGAAGGAAUACACGAUACACUAAUUUAUUUGAAUCGAAGGCUAUCAGAUUCAUCCGUUGAGAGCAGCCAUGAAGGAACAGUCAUUUGUAGAUCAAUUGCUUCAAAACCUGCAAAUGUUGCCAAGACUCCAAAAGUUGCACCUGCCAAAGCCUCUGUCACUUCUAGGAGACGGACAGAGCCUGUAAGAAAACGUGAAUCUCUUCCUGUUACUCGAACGCCAACUAAAAAAUCCAACCCAACAACCCGCAGAGCAUCUUUACCACUGCCAUCGAGAGCCACGAAACAAAAUUCCCCUUGCAGGACAAAUACUAGCAUCCUUCACCAUAUAAAAUCUCCAGAUGUUUCUGUCAAUGCUCCUCGAAUUGACAGGAUGGCUGAAUUCCCAUUGGCUUCAUAUGAUGAAACAUUUCUCCCUAUCUGGAAAACUUCAUCGACCUCAGCUCAAGGGUCAUCCAACUCCUUGCAUCAUGGCGACCGCUCAAUCACAAAGGAUAAAUGCACAGUUCAGUUUAGAGAUAGAACCUCUGCCAAGCCCAAUUUCACUGAGGCAUGGCAAGGAAUCGAACUUGGCAUGCUUCAGGUAGAUGAAGAGAAUGGAAGCAACUCCUCCAAUCAAAAUGCAACUGUUGGGGCAUCGAGCCGCACCUCAUCAGACACAAGGCGACGCAGGUUUGACACCUCAUCGUUCCAGCAGCGUGCUGAAGCUCUGGAAGGUUUGUUAGAAUUCAGUGCAAGAUUACUGCAAGAUGCAAGGUACGAUGAGCUUGGGGUGCUACUAAAACCAUUUGGACCUGGAAAGGUUUCCCCCAGGGAAACUGCCAUAUGGUUGACAAAGAGCUUCAAGGAGAAUACUACCAAACCGGAAGAUUGA